CUCAAUUAUCGAACUCGUCAUUUAUUGAUAAUCAACGGUUUUCACGUUGGGAUGAAUCUUGACUCUAAACUAGGUUAUCUGAUUGUACUGCAGGGCAGAAGAGUCAAAAUUGUGAAACUAUAUACACAUAACUCCAUUUGCUACACUCUCUCCAUAUAUUGUUAAUGCCAAGCUAUAAAUGCCAAGCUAUAAGUACCAACCAAAACGCGAUUAAGAAAAAAGAAGAAGAAGAAGAAGAAAGAAGGAAACUGUAAUCAAAUUAAUUUCUUUACUUUUCUUAAGCAUCUAAAGAUGGAUUCUUAUCUAGUAGCUCAAUCAAAAGCUUCCGCCGGCAGUCGUAAGCUUGGUCAUAGGUCAGCCAACUAUCAUCCAACUAUCUGGGGAGAUCAUUUUCUUGCAUAUGAUAAUUCAAACGUUGUGAAGGAAAAGAAACCUUCGGGAUUAGAAGCACAUCAUGAAGCACUAAAAGAAGAGGUGAGGAAGAUGUUUAUUGCAGUUCCGGACAAAUCUUCAAAGAAGUUGGACUUGAUUGACGCCAUCAACCGUCUUGGGGUAGCUUACCAUUUUGAAAGUGAGAUAGACACAUCUCUAUUAGCCAUUUACGGAGACUAUGAUGAGCAAAUCAACCACGUAGCUGGCCGAGAAGAAGAACUCUACAUAGUUGCUCUCCGUUUCAGAUUACUAAGAGCACACGGUUUCCAUGUUUCUUGUGAUGUGUUUAACAAAUUCAAGGAUUCAGAGGGGAAAUUUAAGGAGUGUUUGCGGGGAAAUAUCAAAGGUUUGUUGAGUUUGUUCGAAGCAGCAAAUUAUAGGGUUCAUGAUGAGGAUAUAUUGGAUGAAGCACUGAUUUUUACCACCUCUCAACUCAAAUCCAUGGUGCCAAACCUGAAUCCUGCUCUUGCCACCCAAAUCAAUCAUGCUCUGGACAUCCCAAUUCAUAAAACUUUGAUAAGGAUGGGAAACAGACAGUUUAUGUCACUUUACCAAGAAGAUGAAUCACAUGAUCCACUUUUAUUAAGUUUCGCAAAAUUUGACUUUAAUAUUCUACAGAAACUGCACCAAGAGGAGCUAAGUGGUAUAACAAAAUGGUGGAAAGGCAUAGAUUGUCCCAAGAAGACAUCAUUUGCCAGAGAUAGAGUCGCUGAGUGCUACCUAUGGUUUUUGGGAGUGUUUCCUGAGCCAAAGUAUUCUUGCUCAAGAACAACUAUGGCAAAACUGCUUGCUUUGACAUCCUUAUUAGAUGAUAUUUACGAUGUGUAUGGAACUUAUGAUCAACUCCUCCUUUUGACAGAUGCAAUCCGAAGAUGGAACGUCGGUUGUUUGGAUCAGUUGCCUGAAUACAUGAAAACUUGUUAUCAAGCCCUUUUAGAUGUUUUUUCUGAUAUGGAGAAAAUAUCGUCCAAAGUUGCUAGCAAAACAAAACCAGUGGAUUAUGCAAUAUCAUCGUUGCAAACAUUAUCAAGAGCCUACCUUGAAGAGGCGAGUUGGAUCCAUUGUGGGCAUCUUCCAACGUAUGAUGAGUAUAUGAAAGUUGCACUAGUCACUAGUACAUAUCCAAUGUUGUCAACAAGUUCCUUGGUUAGCAUGGGAGAAGUUGUGAGUGAAGACGCUCUUGAAUGGGUCACAAAAAACCCAAUAAUUGUAAGAGAGGCAUCGGUGCUUUGUAGGUUAAUGAACGACAUUGUUUCCUGUGAUGUAAGUAUUAUAAUUGUUAAAUUGUAACUGAAUAUAUAUGUAGCCAUGAAAACAUAAGUUUCAAGCAACCGGUGCAUAUUUUGUGAGUUGUGGUGCAGGCAGAGGAAGCAAGGGGAGAAUUAGCAUCAGGAGUCAAAUGUUACAUGAACCAGUAUGGAGUUUCAAGGAAGGAAGCCAUUAAUGAGCUUGAGAAGGAAAAUAUAAAUGCAUGGAAAGAUACAAACCAAGAAUGGCUUCUUAGUAGAGUUUCAGGGAUUCCUAUGUUCAUCCUUGAGCGAGUUUUUAAUCUCUUCAGGUUCAUACAUCUCAUGUACCGAAAAGAGGACUGGUACACCAAUGCCUACACCGUGGCUAAGGACUUGAUCAAAACGGUGCUAGUUGAUCCCGCUGAAAUAUGAUUGACUUUGCAUCUUCAAAAUUGCUGGUUGAUUAUGUUGAAAUAUGCUUUAUUUAUAUAGUUUUCACAUAUGGAUGCUUAUUGAGCAAUGAGUGAUCUAUCACUCUAUUAUCAAGUUGUAUAAAUAAAAGACACAAGUAAUUACAUGCUUGCAAUUUAUAUAGUUUUCACAUAUGGAUGCUUAUUGAGUAAUGAGUGAUCUAUCCCUCUAUUAUCAAGAUGUAUGAAUAAGAGACACAAGUAAUUACAUGCUUGCGCAUUUAUCCAUUUAUCUUUUUUUCUUAAUAAAAGAUCUUUAAAUUUU